UCUUCCCAGCUGUCGGCCAAGCUCACCAACCUUCCGACGCUCAUUUCCAUGAGGCUGGAGUUUCUGAGAAUCCUGUGCAGCCACGAGCAUUACCUCAAUCUGAACCUCUUCUUUAUGAAUGCUGAUACUGCUCCAGCAUCCCCCUGCCCCUCCAUCUCUUCCCAGAACUCGAGCUCCUGCUCCAGUUUCCAGGACCAGAAGAUUGCCAGCAUGUUUGAUCUGACCCCGGAAUACCGUCAGCAGCACUUCCUCACCGGACUUCUCUUUACUGAACUGGCUGCUGCCCUGGACGCUGAAGGAGAAGGGAUCAGCAAAGUGCAAAGGAAAGCGGUCAGUGCCAUCCACAGCCUUCUGAGCUCUCACGACCUGGACCCGCGCUGUGUCAAACCAGAAGUGAAGGUCAAAAUCGCUGCCCUCUACCUGCCUUUGGUUGGCAUUAUUUUGGAUGCUUUGCCGCAACUCUAUGACUUUACAGCUGCAGAUGCCCGUAGUGGAAAAAAUCGUGCCAAUGGCUCGGAUGAAGACCAAGAAGGGACCAGUACAAUUAACCAGAACGUGGCGCUGGCCAUAGCCGGAAACAAUUUUAAUUUGAAGACAAGUGGAACAAUGCUUUCUUCCUUGCCCUACAAGCAAUACAACAUGCUGAAUGCCGACACGACCCGCAACCUCAUGAUCUGCUUCCUCUGGAUCAUGAAAAAUGCCGACCAGAGCCUCAUCAGGAAGUGGAUCGCCGACCUGCCAUCCAUGCAGCUAAACAGGAUCUUAGAUCUCCUUUUUAUCUGUGUCUCGUGUUUCGAGUACAAGGGAAAACAGAGUUCUGACAAAGUCAGUACCCAAGUCCUGCAGAAGUCAAGGGAUGUCAAGGCCAGGCUGGAAGAGGCUUUGCUCCGCGGGGAAGGGGCCCGGGGGGAGAUGAUGCGGCGCUGUCGGGCUCCAGGGAAUGACCGAUUUCCAGGCCUCAGUGAAAAUUUGAGAUGGAGGAAGGAGCAGACACAUUGGCGGCAGGCUAAUGAGAAGCAAGAUAAAACAAAGGCAGAGUUAGAUCAAGAAGCCCUGAUCAGUGGCAAUCUGGCUACAGAAGCAAAUUUAAUCAUCCUGGAUAUGCAGGAGAACAUUAUCCAGGCAAGCUCGGCUCUGGACUGUAAAGACAGCCUGCUGGGAGGUGUUCUAAGGGUCCUGGUGAAUUCUCUGAGCUGCGAUCAGAGCACCACCUACCUGACUCACUGCUUUGCGACACUCCGGGCUCUCAUUGCCAAGGAUUGUUUAGAGGUGUACACUUUUUUGCAGGUGGAGGAACUUCUCUGCAAUCUGAACAGCAUCUUAUAUGACACGGUGAAAAUGAGGGAAUUUCAGGAAGAUCCCGAGAUGCUUAUGGAUCUCAUGUACAGAAUUGCCAAGAGUUACCAGACCUCUCCUGAUCUGCGGCUGACCUGGCUCCAGAACAUGGCCGAGAAACACACCAAGAAGAAAUGCUACACGGAGGCCGCCAUGUGCCUGGUGCACGCGGCCGCCUUAGUGGCCGAGUACCUGAGCAUGCUGGAGGACCACAGCUACCUGCCCGUGGGCAGUGUCAGCUUUCAGAACAUUUCUUCCAACGUGCUGGAGGAGUCUGCAGUCUCUGAUGACACCUUGUCACCCGAUGAGGACGGUGUGUGCUCGGGCCGAUACUUCACCGAGAGUGGCCUGGUGGGCCUCCUGGAGCACGCAGCUGAACUCUUCAGCACGGGAGGAUUGUACGAGACGGUUAAUGAAGUCUACAAGCUGGUCAUUCCCAUCCUGGAAGCACACAGAGACUUCCGGAAGCUGACCUCCACCCACGACAAGCUACAGAAGGCUUUUGACAGCAUCAUCAGCAAGGGUCACAAGAGAAUGUUUGGGACCUACUUCCGAGUUGGGUUCUAUGGAUCCAAAUUUGGGGAUUUAGAUGAGCAGGAAUUUGUUUACAAAGAGCCUGCUAUUACCAAGCUUCCUGAGAUCUCUCACAGACUAGAGGGAUUUUAUGGCCAAUGUUUCGGUGAAGAAUUUGUAGAAGUGAUAAAAGACUCUGCUCCUGUGGACAAAACCAAGUUGGAUCCUAACAAGGCCUACAUACAGAUCACGUUUGUGGAGCCCUACUUUGAUGAGUAUGAGAUGAAAGACAGGGUAACCUACUUUGAGAAGAAUUUCAAUCUGCGGAGGUUCAUGUACACCACCCCCUUCACCCUGGAGGGGCGGCCCCGGGGGGAGCUGCAUGAGCAAUACCGGCGGAACACCAUCCUGACCACCAUGCACGCCUUCCCCUACGUCAAGACCAGGAUCAGCGUCAUCCAGAAGGAAGAGUUUGUUUUGACACCAAUUGAAGUUGCCAUUGAGGAUAUGAAGAAGAAGACCCUGCAGUUAGCGGUUGCCAUUAACCAGGAGCCCCCUGAUGCCAAGAUGCUUCAGAUGGUGUUGCAGGGCUCCGUCGGAGCUACUGUAAAUCAGGGACCACUGGAAGUAGCCCAAGUGUUCUUGGCCGAAAUUCCAGCUGACCCAAAGCUCUAUCGACAUCACAACAAGCUGAGAUUAUGCUUUAAGGAAUUCAUAAUGCGGUGCGGUGAGGCCGUGGAGAAGAACAAGCGUCUCAUCACGGCAGACCAGAGGGAGUAUCAGCAGGAACUCAAAAAGAACUACCACAAGCUGAAAGAGAACCUCAGGCCAAUGAUUGAGCGGAAAAUUCCAGAACUCUACAAGCCGAUAGUCAGAGUUGAGAGUCACAAGAGAGACUCCUUCCACAGAUCUAGUUUCAGGAAAUGUGAAACCCAAUUGUCACAGGGCAGCUAGGAAAAGCUGUCCUCACGCAUGGAGACUGAGGCUCUGUGACCCUGGAGAAGUGCUCGCUGGUACUUAAAACACAGGACAUUUGCCGAGCAGGAUGGACUGCAUACUGCCUGACUGGACAGCACUCUGGAAGCCUUAGAAUCCCAGGGACCAUGGGAAUUACACCCAAAUGGGUCUGAUCAGGUUUUGGCCCUCCAGACUGGGGUUAAUGGAGGGUGGUUAAUCAGGGGAGCCUGUGUAUUUAUCAAAUCAUGGCUUUUCACAAUAUUGUACAAAACAAGGCUUAAACAGCGUCUCCUGCUGAGCGGUCGGUCACUCUCUAUAGGACAGAUGACUUCCUCUGGCCGUAUUUGGAUUUACGGGAUAAACCCAAAUUGCCCGGCGGAAAAUGGAAACGUCUGCCGUCCCAUGCGGAGUGAACGUCACGCAUUCCCUGUUUAUGGGUGAGGAGGGUGGGCUGGCAGGACUGCAAAAACAUGGUGAAUAAAUCCGUGAGGGGAGGCCUCACUAGAAAUCUAAAAAUCAUGAUGAUGCUUGGAAACUUGGAGCUAGAUGAUUUAUUUGUGAACUCGUUACCUUCUUGGUAACGGUGGACUAAUUGUUGUAUAGUUAUUUUUGCCUUAAGUUACUGUGUGUUCAGUUAAUUUAACAAGCGUCUAUAGAUGAGGACCUUGGACUCACUGAGUUAGGAGAUGCGCGGUACUCUGCUGCAUUCACCUCAAUUCAGACACUUCUGCAAUACUUUGCAUUUUUUCCUUCUGCUCCUUCUUGCUCACUCUUUUUCUCCUCCCGCCUGGGACCAAGUUCAUUUUUGUAAAAGGACAAUAGCUCUGCUUUCAUGUCAGAACACCGUGCCCGUCCGUCGGCCUAUUAUAUUGGCUAGAGUAGACUGAGCUUGGACUUCUUCUGGCAAUGUACUGUAGGACGCAGAUGAACAAAACUGUGGCUUGAGAAUUAAAUUAUAUAUUUUUAAUAUGCCUGAUGCCCUUGAAUGGUACUAAAAAUGUAAUAAGAAUGGCAAGCGAAAUGUUU